AUGAAGGAGCAAAAAGAGACGAUUUUUCAGGACGUUCCAAUAUGGGAUCCAAAGAUGAGAAGCAAUAUAAAUACAAUGACGGCACUUCUCGUGGGAAUGUGCCGAAAAACGGUGGAAAAUAAGGCAUUUAUGAAAUGGCUGGUCACGGAGAAGUUCGAUCUUGCCUUCGCCUACAUGGCAGACCCCUGUUCCAUUGGUCUUGUUCACUACGCCAAAAUUCCGUCAUGGAUCUGGCUGAGCAGUGCUGGUUUGAUUGACUUUGGUGCCUACUAUAUAGGAGCGCCGAUGAUUCCAAGUUAUGUUCCGCCAACUAUGAUGGCUAGUACAGACGAGAUGGAUUUCCUGGAAAGGACAAAAAGCGUUAUCGGGCAGUUUCUUACUAUCUUUUUAUGGAGAAGAAGGUUCGCUGAUCCUGAAACGGCAAUCUUCCGCGAGCUGGUUGAUCCAAAUUUCCCUGAUCUUGUCGAGAUCGCAAAGGAAUGUCCACUGGUGAUGGUGAACUCCAACGAGCUCUACGAGUUACCACGUCCACUGCUGGCAAAAGUUGUGAACAUCGG